AUGGGCAGGGUUGCUUGGCUCUUGGCAUUUCUGUGCCUCUUGACCUCCACUGCUCAGGAGCCUGGCCAGUGUCCAGAUCUAAAGAUUGUGGGUCUUGGGGAAUCUGACAAACUUGCUAUACUCCAAGGAUGUCCAGGACUUCCUGGACCCCCUGGUCCCAAAGGAGAAGCUGGCUCUGAUGGAAAGAGAGGGGAGAGAGGCCCCCCCGGGACUCCUGGGAAAGCAGGACCAAUGGGUCCCAAAGGGGCUGAUGCAGAAAUUGACCUAUGCAAGACAGGAAGUAGAGACUGCCGAGAACUGCUGAGCAAAGGGAACACCCUGAGUGGCUGGUAUACCAUCUUCCUCUCUGCCUGUAAGCCUCUGACUGUGUUCUGUGACAUGGACACCGAUGGUGGGGGAUGGAUUGUUUUCCAGAGACGGGUCGAUGGCUCCGUGGAUUUCUUUCGCGACUGGGCUGCAUACAAGAGAGGCUUUGGCAGUCAGCUGGGGGACUUCUGGAUGGGAAAUGAUAACCUUCACUUAUUGACAACUCAAGAAACCUUUGAGCUCCGGGUAGAUCUCAGUGACUUUGAAGGUGGCCACUCCUUUGCCAAGUACAGGUCAUUCCGGAUUGCAGGGGAGGAUGAAAACUACAAGCUAAUCCUAGGAGAAUUUGUGGAAGGUGAUGCAGGUGACUCACUGACAUACCAUAACAACUAUCCCUUCACAACAAAAGAUCAAGACAAUGACUCAAAAGAAGGAAACUGUGCUCAUGAGUAUAGUGCAGCCUGGUGGUACCAGGCUUGCCAUCUGUCUAACCUGAACGGCUUGUAUCUCAGAGGUCCCCAUGAGAGUUUUGCCAAUGGAAUAAACUGGAAAACAGGCAGAGGGUACCAGUAUUCCUACAAAGUGUCUGAGAUGAAGCUGAGGCCUACUUAGCUGAGGGGGAGGCCCAGGACAUUUUCCAUUAGAAUGUUGGACUAUCAGAGGCAGCAGACUGAUCAGACUAGGAGAUGA